AUGAAAGACUUUCCCUUCCACUUGCCCUACAAGAGACUUAAUCUUCGGGAAAGGCCCGACCUAUACCGCAUCGGGAAAGGCGAGCAAGGUGAUAGGAUCCGAGUCGUGCCCCGCGGAUCACCGAGCCAGCCUCUGAUCCCUCGUUGCACUGCGGUGGCAAUCUUCAGGCGUUCUCUCUGUCGAACCUUACAAAACAGAACUCCUUCCACUAUGUGCGCACACAUGUAAGGGGUUCAAUACGAAGGCCCGGCUCACACCUGGUUUCAACUUUGGUCAUCGUAGGGAAGUUCAAAGACCCCCAAGUUGCCGAAAAGUUCUCGCUCGACUUGCUUAACAAGUUUGAAGCCUAUCGGGAUCAAAACGAUUUUGUGGGAUGUGACAUGGCCCGCAAGUUCGUGAGUCGGCAUGUAACACCUUGGAAAUGAGUAGGGUGCUCGGGGUUUCCUCGAGAACUGAUCUCGGUGACAAAUGAACUCGUGCGUACCCGCCAGAUUCAAAUGGGCUACACUCGAGCGCGUUGAUAUGCGAAUCACAAAGGUCUGUGGACAAUAUUCACAGUGCAACCGUGAAACACAAAGUCGACGCUAACCCCUCCGCCUCUAUCACAGGCGGCAAGAAGUAUGGAAUGGUUGGUGGCAAAGAGCGCGAAAUCCCUCGCCUCGCGAUCGAAGACCAGGAUUCACUUAAAGUUCGAGCAGCUGAGAUAUUUGCAGCCCAGUUAAAGCUCGUCAACGACGACAAGAUUUACAAGCGGUUGCGACUCGUUCACGAACAAGAGCACGAGUCCAAGCCUUUGGAUUUGGAGGGGAUCGAGGUGAUUAAAGGGAUUCCUGAAUCGAGGGGUGGCGAGGUGAAAGGAAUUUUGGCAUGCGGUUGAAAGGCCUCAAGAAUGAGGCGAAAUAGAUAGAAAGGGAGCAGGAUGGUGCUACUCAAUUGGGAUACCGUGUUUUUGUCGUCCGUACCUACGUGUCAACACCGAGAGAGAGACGGGCGCCGGGGGAUAGUGACGAAGAGGUAGAAAAGUUUGUCUGCAAUGCUCGCCUCAGCAGGCCUAGGCAGGCCUCAGCGCAAAGGGCCAUCGCCUUCGCUUCCCCAAUUCGGAAGCGCACUCCUUGGAGAGACUCGGCUUUGUACACAGCGGCGUGCUUUCCUUCCCCGAGCGGUCCAUGACUGGCAAGCGUUCCUUGGUGACAUUCCUUGACGACUACUCGCGCAAAGUGUGGGCCUACGCGAUCGGACACGAAAACGAAGUCUUCGGCGUGUGA